AUGGUGAGACACAACAGACAGAUACUUACGUCAGGUAAGAACUAUGCUGAGAAACAAGCAAAGAAACAUGCAGUCAAUGAAGUCACGUUUGACAAGCAAAGCCGUGAAGAAUAUUUGACAGGGUUCCAUAAACGAAAAUUGCAAAGGCAAAAGAAAGCUCAAGAAUACAAUAAGGAACAGGAGAGGCUAGCCAGAAUAGAGGAAAGGAAACAAAUAAGAGAUGAACGUAAACGAGAUUUAGAGAAUCAAUUACGAGAGUUCAAUGAGAAGGCAAAAGAGCUUGCGAUGAUCAAUGGAGGGUUAGCUGAAGAGGAUAGCGAUGAGGAGUGGACCGGGUUUGAUGAAGAUGGGACCGAUGAGAAGUCAGCAACUGAUAAGCCAGUGUCAUUAAAGGGGAUUUUACAUCAUAAAGAAGUAUAUGAACCGAACUCGGAUCUCAAUGGGUUCGGUGACGAAACUACAGUAACCAUAGAAUCGAUAGACAAGCCACUAGGAAAUGGGUAUGCUGACUCCAAUGGUACAAGUCUUGAAGAAGUUGCCAAAUCAAACAAUGUUGAUUUGAACAAGUCGCAAGAAGUAUUGCAAGAUUCAGUAGAAAGAGCCAAGAAUUAUGCCGUGUUGUGUGGUGUUGCCAAACCUUCCAAGGUCGAGAAGCCAAAAACCAAAAAGAAGAAGUUUAGGUAUUUGAGCAAAGCUGAACGUAGGGAGAAUACUAGAAAGGAGAAACUCAAGAGUAAAUUUAAAGGAAAAAGGUGA